GUGAAUACCUCCGCAACCCAGGCCCAAUUAGGGUUUCGCCUCCAUAUUAAGUUCAUUUGGAUAGCUCGGCCGCUGUUUCCCUUUGAACUUCUUCGGCACUGCUGCUACCCUGAUAGGGUUCUAACAGAAGACGACGAUAAAUGUUAUGUAGUAUUCGAUUGAUGAACGGUUUAGAAGUGAAGUUUAAGGCAGCAACAGUUAACAACCAUGAGUAAGCUUCAGAGUGAAGCCCUAAGAGAAGCGAUUACUCAAAUCACCACAGAUGCAAAAGAGAAGAAGCGUAAUUUCACUGAAACCAUUGAACUCCAAAUUGGACUCAAGAACUACGACCCACAAAAGGACAAACGUUUCAGUGGAACAGUGAAAUUGCCUCACAUUCCUAGGCCUAAAUUGAAAGUAUGCAUGCUUGGAGAUGCCCAACAUGUUGAAGAGGCUCAAAAGAUUGGGCUUGAAUACAUGGAUGUUGAAGGUCUCAAGAAGCUGAACAAGAACAAGAAGCUUGUGAAAAAGCUUGCAAAAAAGCACCAAGCUUUUUUAGCUUCUGAAUCUGUCAUUAAGCAGAUUCCUCGUUUGUUAGGCCCUGGUCUUAACAAAGCAGGAAAAUUCCCAACACUUGUUUCUCAUCAAGAAUCCCUUGAAGCAAAAGUUAAUGAAACAAAAGCAACUGUGAAAUUUCAAUUGAAGAAGGUUUUGUGUAUGGGAGUUGCUGUUGGAAACUGCAGCAUGGAAGAGAAGCAGAUUUUCCAGAAUGUUCAAAUGAGUGUUAACUUUCUUGUUUCAUUGUUGAAGAAGAAUUGGCAAAAUGUGAGGUGUUUGUAUUUGAAGACAACAAUGGGAAAGCCCGUGCGUAUUUUUUAGGUUGUUUUUUUGGGAUUUGUUUUUGUUUGGAGACAAAUAUUAGUGAGAAUUGAGUACUUGGAAGCAGUUAUUGCUUUGUGUUUUUUUUGGUUUUGUUGGAUGUUUAAUUUUUAAUUGUAUUGGAUUUUGGUAAUGAGGCUUAUGUUUUUAAUAUGGUCUACUUAUUGGUAAAGUUAAGAUGAAGUAGCUUAUUUUAAA